CCUCACAUAUACGCAAGGAGAGGGUAGCGCGCCACACCCUCGUUGUCGUUUCUUUGUUUCAGUCUUUGGUUUGCUUUGCUUCCCAUCUCACAUGAUCAAUCCCUCCUCGUUCAAUCCCCAACCCAUGUCCUCCGACGCCUCCGGUAAGAAGGUCCGGAAGCCUUACACCAUCACCAAGUCCAGAGAGAGCUGGACCGAGGAAGAGCACGACAAGUUCCUUGAAGCUCUUCAACUGUUUGAUCGUGACUGGAAGAAAAUUGAAGAUUUUGUGGGUUCUAAAACGGUUAUUCAGAUUCGAAGUCAUGCGCAGAAGUACUUCUUGAAAGUUCAAAAGAAUGGGACAACAGCACAUGUGCCUCCUCCUCGGCCAAAGCGCAAGGCUUCUCAUCCUUACCCGCAAAAAGCCUCCAAAAAUGUUUUAAUUCCCUUUCAAGCAUCACUUGCUUAUCCUUCUUCCAUGAAUGCCAUUGCACCUGGCUAUUGUCCUUGGGAUGAAGCUUCGAUUUUCUUAAAUGCUGGAUCAGACCAAAUUGUGUUGUCACACGAAGAAUUUAUUAAUCGUCAAGGAACGGAAGCUGAUAUUGGAUCAAAGGGGGUAGCAAUAAUUAGUACAUGCGAUCCUAGUGGUAUCGCAAGCUCAAGUAGAACCCUACCUAGUUCCGAGAUACCAAAGCAAGGGUCACAAGUUCCUGUCAGCCAUGGUAUUCCUGAUUUUGCCGAAGUUUAUAGCUUUAUUGGAGGUGUUUUUGAUCCGGACACCGAAGGCCAUGCUCAGAAACUCAAGGAAAUGGAUCCCAUUAAUUUCGAAACUGUUUUGUUGUUGAUGAGAAACCUCAGCAUCAACUUGUCUAGCCCAGAUUUUGAACCAAUUAGGAAGGUCCUAGUUUCAAAUGAUGCCAAUAUGAAAACAGCAGCUGCAGGAAAUACUCCCAGUUACCGGAAUAACGAUCUUUCAUGUUGAACUUAUUAGUAUAUACAGUUGCUAACUGGUAUGGUCCUGGAGAAAAAGUAUGGUGGUUCUAGAACAGCAGGCCGAAUCUGAUCUUAGGGCUAUAGUUCUGCUGCCACAACCAGGAGAGUAUUAGAUGGUGCUGAACGGAAGAAAAAAAUUUCAAAUGAUUUUCAAGCUCUGGGAGUUCUGAUUGUCUGGUGGCCUCUAUGAGUGAUUAUUUAUAUCGUGAUCUUAUUCAGGCCUUCCAGAUAUUUAUGUAUAUCUUGUAAGAUCUGUUUUGGGGUAGUCUUCUAUUUGUUUUAGCCCAAGCAAGUGUAACUACGGGAAUCCGAAUUCUUUGCAAUCAAAAAUAAAAAUAAAACCCAAAGAACUUGAGAUGAAUAAAGGGUACAAGGCUUAUUUUGAUUUUCAUCCCCAAA